UGCCUCGGCGCCACGUUAUGUCACUGCCGCGGUACCUCCGUUAUAACGAGCCGCCGGUAGAAAGAGCGAGCAGGAAUGGAAAGGAAACGGGCGAACGGGAGCGGAGGGCGGGCUCUGAGCUCUGUGGCGGUAACGGUCAUCUCCGGGAGGCGGGCAGGAGGGUGGCCGCCAUCUUGAGGCGGAGGGGAGGAGGGACCCGCGCGGCCGGAGCGGGGUCUCGGUACGGCCACUUAGAGAAGAUGACAGAUUUGGUAGCUGUUUGGGAAGUAGCUUUAAGUGAUGGUGUUCAUAAAAUUGAAUUUGAGCAUGGGACCACUUCAGGAAAACGUGUCGUCUAUGUUGAUGGAAAGGAAGAAAUACGAAAAGAAUGGAUGUUUAAAUUGGUGGGUAAAGAAACAUUCACUGUUGGAGCAUCCAAAACAAGAGCUACUAUUAACAUUGAUGCAGUCAGUGGCUUUGCAUAUGAGUAUACUUUGGAGAUCAAUGGAAAAAGCCUCAAGAAAUAUAUGGAGAACAGGUCAAAAACAACUAAUACUUGGGUACUAAGCUUGGGUGGUACAGACUAUAGAGUUGUUCUGGAAAAAGAUACUAUGGAUGUGUGGUGCAACGGUAAAAAAAUGGAGACAGCGGGUGAAUUCGUAGAAGAUGGGACUGAAACUCACUUCAGUGUUGGUGAUCACAGCUGUUACAUUAAGGCUGUCAGUAGUGGAAAACGAAAGGAAGGAAUUAUUCACACUCUUAUUGUGGAUGACAGAGAAAUUCCAGAGGCUGUGGAAUAGCUUCUAGUUAACCGAUUGUUUUAGGACUCAGAUCAGGUACUUUUAAUUACUGUGGUAAUUAUUUAAAUAAGAGGCAUUUGGACAAUGCCCUCAAUAACACACUUCAGCUUUCAGUUAGCCGUGCAAUGGUCAGGCAGUUGGACAUACUGAUCAUUGUAGGUUCCUUCUAGCUGAACAAUUCUACUACAUGUAGAACACAUGGUAGAUCUGGUUUGUGCUGGGUUCACUUCCUAGCUUCUGUACAUGAAAUUCAUCUUUUUGAGGACCAAACAUAACUAUAUGCAACACUAUACAUUACCAGUUCUUAAAAAGCUACAUAGAGAAAUAAGUAUUAUAUCGCUAAGUAGAGAGGGCAGGUGAACUUAAGUAGAAAUUAUAUGGUAGAAAAAAAACUCAAAAUAUUCAAUAAUACUGAGUACUUUAUAUGGAGGGAGAGAGCACAUACUGAGCACUGGAGAAAGCUGUUGAAAUUCUCCAUGUUUUUUCUUUUAAAUGUACUUCCAAUGUUCUUCAAAUGCAGUUAGGAAAAUAGUUACAUAAACUAAUAAAAAAGGUUAUUAAGCAAA